UCUUCCAUUUGUUCUCAUCCAUUUUCGCAAUUCACGUGCAUUUAAUCAAGUAGGACCCCUUUUUAGUUUAGUGGCGCUCUCAUCUUCUCAACUUAAUAUAAAACCAACCACACUCCAUCUACAUUACCCUCCUUCCAGUUUCGUCUCUCCCUGCUCUCCUUCAACAAUGGCGGCGGCGGCGGCUCCAUCCCCCUCUUCUUCCGCUCUCUCCAAAACCCUAUCGCCUUCCUCCUCCAAAUCCUCCACCCUCCUCCCUAGAUCCACCUUCCCUUUCCCCCACCACCCCCACAAAACCACCCCACCACCCCUCCACCUCACCCACACGCACAUUCACAGCCAACGCCGUCGUUUCACCAUAUCCAAUGUCAUUUCCACUACCCGAAAAGUUUUCCAGACCGAAAAAACCGAAACUUUCGUUUCCCGUUUUGCCCCUGACGAACCCAGAAAGGGUUCCGACGUUCUCGUGGAGGCCCUCGAAAGAGAAGGGGUUACGGACGUCUUUGCGUACCCAGGUGGCGCUUCCAUGGAGAUUCACCAAGCUUUGACCCGUUCAAGCAUCAUCCGCAACGUGCUGCCGCGUCACGAGCAGGGCGGUGUCUUCGCCGCUGAGGGUUACGCACGCGCCACCGGCUUCCCCGGCGUUUGCAUUGCUACCUCCGGCCCCGGCGCCACCAAUCUCGUCAGCGGCCUCGCGGACGCGCUACUGGAUAGCGUCCCCAUUGUUGCUAUAACCGGUCAAGUGCCACGUAGGAUGAUCGGUACUGAUGCUUUUCAGGAAACUCCUAUUGUUGAGGUAACUAGAUCGAUUACCAAGCAUAAUUAUCUCGUUAUGGACGUAGAGGAUAUUCCUAGGGUUGUACGUGAGGCUUUUUUCCUCGCGAGAUCGGGCCGGCCAGGCCCUGUUUUGAUUGAUGUACCUAAGGAUAUUCAGCAACAAUUGGUGAUACCUGACUGGGAUCAGCCAAUGAGGUUGCCUGGUUACAUGUCUAGGUUGCCUAAAUUGCCCAAUGAGAUGCUUUUAGAACAAAUUGUUAGGCUUAUUUCUGAGUCAAAGAAGCCUGUUUUGUAUGUGGGGGGUGGGUGUUCGCAAUCGAGUGAGGAGUUGAGACAAUUCGUGGAGCUCACGGGAAUCCCCGUGGCAAGUACUUUGAUGGGUCUUGGAGCAUUUCCAACUGGGGAUGAGCUUUCCCUUUCAAUGUUGGGUAUGCAUGGUACUGUUUAUGCUAAUUAUGCUGUGGACAGUAGUGAUUUGUUGCUCGCAUUUGGGGUGAGGUUUGAUGAUAGAGUUACUGGAAAGUUAGAAGCUUUUGCUAGCCGAGCGAAAAUUGUUCACAUUGAUAUUGAUUCAGCUGAGAUUGGAAAGAACAAGCAGCCUCAUGUUUCCAUUUGUGCAGAUAUCAAGUUGGCGUUACAGGGUUUGAAUUCGAUAUUAGAAAGUAAGGAAGGUAAACUGAAGUUGGAUUUUUCUGCUUGGAGGCAGGAGUUGACGGAGCAGAAAGUGAAGCACCCGUUGAACUUUAAAACUUUUGGUGAUGCUAUUCCUCCGCAAUAUGCUAUCCAGGUUCUAGAUGAGUUAACUAAUGGGAAUGCUAUUAUAAGUACUGGUGUGGGGCAACACCAGAUGUGGGCUGCUCAAUACUAUAAGUACAGAAAGCCACGCCAAUGGUUGACAUCUGGUGGAUUAGGAGCAAUGGGAUUUGGUUUGCCCGCUGCUAUUGGUGCGGCUGUUGGAAGACCGGAUGAAGUUGUGGUUGACAUUGAUGGCGAUGGCAGUUUCAUCAUGAAUGUGCAGGAGCUUGCAACAAUUAAGGUGGAGAAUCUCCCAGUUAAGAUUAUGUUACUUAAUAAUCAACACUUGGGAAUGGUGGUUCAAUGGGAGGAUCGGUUCUAUAAGGCUAACAGAGCACACACAUACCUGGGGAAUCCUUCUAAUGAGGCGGAGAUCUUUCCUAAUAUGUUGAAAUUUGCAGAGGCUUGUGGCGUACCUGCUGCAAGAGUGACACAUAGGGAUGAUCUUAGAGCUGCCAUUCAGAAGAUGUUAGACACUCCUGGGCCAUACUUGUUGGAUGUGAUUGUACCUCAUCAGGAACAUGUUCUACCUAUGAUUCCCAGUGGCGGAGCUUUCAAAGAUGUGAUCACAGAGGGUGACGGGAGAAGUUCCUAUUGAGUUUGAGAAGCUACAGAGCUAGUUCUAGGCCUUGUAUUAUCUAAAAUAAACUUCUAUUAAGCCAAACAUGUUCUGUCUAUUAGUUUGUUAUUAAUUUUUGCCGUGGCUUUGCAAAUUGUUACUGUUGUACUAUUAAAUAGUUGAUAUUUAUGUUUGCUUUAAGUUUUGCAUCAUCUCCCUUUGGUUUUGAAUGUGAAGGAUUUCAGCAAAGUUUCA